AUGUCCGGUAACACCAAGGACGGCGGGAAAUCCACCCCAAUGACCUCCUCGGAUGCCUCGAGGAUCCAGUCUACCCAGGCUACGGGGGGGAAGGAUACAUCGUCUGGCAGCUUCGCCUCGCGCGCUCAGAGCGCAGGGGAUAAGAAUGCCAACACUGGGGGGCAGAAGAAGUGA